AGCGCGAAGCGCGAAGAUAAGUUUUCAAUUUUGAAUUGCUGUCAAAUGCAGUCAGAAGCAGUCAUGGAAUUUUCUGAGCUGUUUCAUGGAAAUAACUGUACGUUUUCUCCCUGUGGGAGAUUCCUCGCUUGUAUUUGUGGAGACUUUGUGGAAAUAAGAUAUUCCGACACAUUGUUAAAAGCAUUCAAAUUUGAAUGUGGUGGUGUUGUAAAGGGUGUUUCAUGGUCUUGUGACUCAGUACUGCUGAUAUGCCGUGUUGGUGCUUUGACCCUGAAAAUAUUCAGUUUACGUGAUGGCACCUGUAUUGCAUCUCUGAAGCAAUCCACCGGUAAUCUAAGGCAAAUCAGAUGGGCUUUUGAUGGGAGAACUGUGUUAUACUUAGAGCCUCUACUGUUUCGUGUUUCUGUUUGGAAAAUAUGUGAUCAGUAUGGUCAACUUGGUCUGGACUUCAUUGACAAUGUGCAACCGUGGGCAAAGCCAAGUUAUGCAUUAAGUUUAAAUGGAAAACAUUUAGCUGUAGUAUCUUCUGGUAUAAUGCAUUCUAUAGAGUCUACUAAUUUGAACGAAGCGGGUCUCGCAAAAGCAGAUGACAUAGCUAUUUUUUCUGCUAUUUCUUGGAGAAUAGAAAAGAGAAUUUCAUGCAAUGGAAUUCAUAGGGUAGGGGGAAUAGUAUGGAAUCCUAAUAGUAACUUUAUUGUGGCUUGGCCACAUGACCCUCCUGAUCCAGUGCUCAUCAUCUGUGUCCGUUCAGGCACUAUCAUAAAUAGCUGGAAGUCCUCUGACAAAUUAUGGCCUGGAGUUUGCAGAGUGGACAUCUCUCCCUCUGCUCAGUUCAUGACAGUCACAAGUAGGAAUAGUAAAGUUCAUAUUAUUAAUUGUGUUGCGUGGUGUGAAGAAUUGGAACUAUUGCAUGAUCCCUCCAUAUCAGAUUCAAAAUGCCUUGUGUACAAACAAGCAAAUGAAUUGGACAACCCCCUAUUUUUAAAAGUGACAGAUCGACCUGUUAGUAUUUCAUUCUUGUCAAGUCUUGCUAAGACCAGGAGAAAGUCAACUAUUUCUUGGAGUAGUGGAGGACGAUAUUUGGCGUCAUGCAUCACUCUUGCUCCAGCUGUCAUUUGGAUUUGGAGUACAGCACAUUCCUUCCAUUUGAGCUGCAUAAUAGUUACAAAGCAUCCUGUUCAAGAUUUUUGCUGGGACCCCGUAUGUAAUGUUUUGGCUGUCGUUGAUGGCCAAGAUUCUGUCGUUCUGUGGAAUGCUGACGAAGCCAAGCUAUCAUGCUCAUCCAUAUGUACACCCGUCACAAAAAUGCUAUUUCAAGCAAAUCAUUUGAACUGGCGUCAUGAUGGGAAGAUGCUUGUCACAUCUUCUGAACAAAGUUCUUCUGUCCUAGAGUUACCUUAGUCUAGUUGCAUGCAAAAUUCAUCUGUUCCUGAAGUUUUGAUUAAAGAUGUUUUAUAUUGUUUGGAGAGUUGAAA